AUGACUGACAAGAGCCCUGCUCCGCCCAAAGCCAGCUUGACUUGCCUGCGUGUCUUGCCAUCACCUCCGACAGAUGUACCAGCACAGCCUAGCAUUGAAACCAUUAUCCAAGAUGAAUGCGUCGUAGAUGACACCACGUCCGGGUUUAAAAACCACGGAGAUCAAACGGGUGUUACAAGGGAUGGGGUGACAACACAAAUUGUCCAGGUCAAUGAACCCUCAAUCAGCGAGGCUAUCUCGGAUAAUGAUCUAAGAGGCAGACUCACCGAGAGUCAAGCGCGUGACUUCUCCCGUCUUGGACCCCAAACUCGCUCUGUCAACCAAUCGCAAGCCACACUGGCAAACUCUCCAUCCUUUCGUCCGCGACGAAAGGCAAGAUCUGCCCGGCGAGAGCAAUUUCCUGCGGUUUCCGUUGUCAUCCCUGUCCGUCGAAACGAUAAAGUGGUUACAAGGGCCAAGAAGAACUCUCUAAGAAGAAUACGACGGUGUAGUCGCUCGAGCGACAGCGAGAACGACAGUGACAGCCUCGACAAAGAUCGAGUAACACAGACGUCGAUGAGCAAUUACUCACUAUCGUCAGGUGAACCUGGUUCCAAGGCAAGGGGGCGCCCACUUAAAACGUCGAAGAGAGCAAAGGGAAACGUCUUAGCCCCGAGCAAUGAUAUCGUCGGGAAAUGUCCUAAUCAGUCCCAAACCCCCUCAGGGGGUGGUUUGGCUGUCUCAUUGGAUCAAACACAAGAGAUUUUCGGUCGCGGAGUUCUCCGUAUCGAAACUCACGGUCCUCGACAAGCCUACUUCAUGACGUUCCUUCCAGAGGUUUCUCACCCCCCUCUAUGCCGUCACCGUACCUGUAAGGAUGGAGAUGGGCGAUCGACUAAGCUGCCACGACAUUCGCCAUCUCGUGAUGGUUGCAACGAAGCCCAGCGAAAGCGCAGGAGGCGCUUGCGGUGGUUUCCAGAAGAGGUGGAUUUUUUGGUGGAGUUAAGAAGAGAUGAGCAACGACCAUGGUCGGAGGUGACGAGCUUAUUUUUGGACCGAUAUCCGGGAAGAAGUCCUGCUGCGAUCCAAGUAUACUGGAGUACGCGCGGGCGUCGAGUAAGCAAGGCCAAGAGCACACCAACUACCGUCUAA